AUGAUGCUCCCGCGACUUUCCACGCUCCUGUGCCUUGCUGGGCUGGCAAGCGUCCCCACUGCGAACGCCUACGAGGGCGACGAUAACAUCAAGAGUAUUCCUCCAUACCUCGAUUCCGACUUCCAAAGCCGCUGGUUUGAUUUCGGCGGUGACACAAUAAUCCGUGCCGAUAAGUACAUUCGUCUCACGUCCGAUCGACCGUCGCAGCAGGGAUGGAUCUUCUCGCGCGUCCCUCUGACCGCGACGAAUUGGGAAAUCGAGGUCGAGUUCAAAAUCCACGGCGACGGCAACCUGCACGGCGAUGGGUUUGCCAUGUGGCUCACCAAACAACGCGCCACCCAGGGUCCUGUCUUCGGCUCGACGGAUAACUUCGAGGGCUUGGGUAUCUUCUUCGACACCUACAAGAACAACCGCCCCGGAACCUCCUUCCCCUACGUUAUGGCCAUGAUGGGCGACGGACAGACCACGUACGACCAGGCGCACGACGGAAAGGCCAACGAGCUGGCUGGUUGCUCCGCCCGCGGUCUUCGGGGCGCCUCGAUCCCCACCAAGGCGCGUCUGACAUAUUUCCAGGACAAGUCUUUGACUCUUGACUUGCAGUACAAGUCGGAGGACAAGUGGACCAACUGCUUCUCGCUAACCGCCCCCGAAACCAACAUUGCCAUCCCCUCUGUCGCGUACCUCGGCUUCUCCGCGGAGACCGGUGAACUCAGCGACAACCAUGAUAUCAUCUCUGUCAAGUCGCAGAACCUCUACAGCAUCGGUAGCAGCUCCUCUAACCGUGGAUCCGGGCCCAGCUCUAGCAGCAACACGCGGGGUCGUGUCAAGCCGCGCAAGCAACAGGGAAGCUGGGGGUGGUUCCUGUUCAAGACCGUCCUGUUCUUCGUCGCCAUUGCCGGCGGCUAUGUCGGAUGGACCAUGUACCGCACCAAGCAGAGAUACUCGCGGUUCUAA